CAAAUGACGACGUGUUGAAUUGGUAUCGUCACGCACAUACGCGCAGCACGGAUGUCGUUUGGCUACACACACACACACACUAGUCAUCCAUCCAUCGAUCCAUUGUCUUCAUUUAAACCGCCGCAACACACCCACCCAACACCAACACGCAAAAACACGCUUCUCUGCACGUCUGUCCGUUUGUCUGUCACCUACAGCAGCAGCAGCACUCGCAACAAAACGAGGCAGAUACACCGACCGCAAACCUACUGACCUGGCUACCACCCUCUCCUCCCUCCCUCCCUCAGCCGUGUCCGUCUUGCUUCAGAUGAGUUUCUGUGUGACUUGUGAGUUGAGGAGCCCGGCGUCCUUGAGGGUCGUGUUGGGGUCGCUCGUGAUGGGCUUGGGAGGGAAGCCAGCGAUGAGCUGGUACUCGCCGUCCACCGGCGCGCACUGCAUGACGUAGUCGUGCAGCACGGCCACCGGGCUGUCGACAUUGAAGGUCUCGGCCUUGCGCUGCCCGUUGUGGAAGCGGAACUGGAUGGUCGUCUUGGGCUUGCUAUCGUCCACCCGCACCGAACCCGCACCCGCGUCGACGUUCACAUCACCUGCCGCACUCGACGACGGCCCGGCGCCGAGCGUCCUGCCCUCGCCAGUGAACAUCUCCACAGGCGGAGCGGCCGGCCUGUUCUGCGUCGGCUGGCCGAACGGCGAGCCGCCGCCAGCCGGUGCAUUGGGGUCGUAGUCCUCGGACGACUUGUCGACCAGGGCGAUGCGCACGUGGUUGCCGUCGGCGCCGAUGGACAGCUCGGGCGGCGCGAAGCCCUUGCGCAGCUCCUCGAUGAACUUGGCGUUCUGCGGGUCGGCCGCAUCGCGGAAGUCGCCGUCGUCAAUGGUGAAGCCGUUCUUGUAGACCGUCACCUUCCGGUGGCCCGGAGGCAACUCGCCUUCGCCACGCAUGGCAUCGCCGAAUGCGCCCUGCUGGCCCUCGCUCUCGGGGUUCUCGACGGCCAGGCCGGACUUCUCACCGCCCGUGUAGCUCGAGGUGGUCUUCUUCUUGUCAGGAUCUUCCUCCUUGCCAUCUUUGAGGUCCUGCAGGCUGCGCACCGGCAUCGUCGGUAGUCAGAUGGAUCCACGCGAUGAACGACAGAGGUGGAUCAAGCCUGGCGAUGUGCUGGCAGGGACUCUACGUGGCGCCGGUGUGAA